AGUGAACAUCAUGAUCCUGUUGCUUUCAAAUGCACCGUAAAAGGAUACUCACCAUCCAGAAGGACAGCUACCAUUUGUUGGUAAUUGCUGUUAAAGCCAUGAGGAGGAACCUCUGAAACACACCAGGAGACUAUCUGGGCCAGAUAUCCAGUGUUUUGGCAACAUUUAUCCCAGAAAAUUCCUGAAGAAUUCUCCUAAAUCAGUCCCCUCACAGAAAAGCUGUUGUGAAGAAAUGAAGGUCAUCCUUCUUCUAUUCCUUGUUAUUGCCAGCACUGAGCAAUCCCCUAUUCAACAUGAAGAUGAAACUCAUGGUUCAAAAGUGGACAAGGGGAAUUUCCAGGUCGUUGGUAACUUCGAGUUGAAAUAUGACGGCUGUAAUGGUAAAUCGAAGCCCCGACACAAUUUCUCAAGGAGCUGUCGGGAACUCAAAGAAAAACAUGACAUCACCCAAGAUGGCAUUCACCGCUUGAUAACCAGUAAUGGUGAAAGCUACCAGGCUUUCUGUGACAUGACCACUGAUGGAGGUGGUUGGACUCUGGUUGCAAGUGUCCAUGAGAACAAUAUACUUGGGAAGUGCACCACUGGGGACCGCUGGUCCAGUCAGCAAGGGAGUAAUAUCAAUUUUCCAGCAGGAGAUGGGUCAUGGUCCAACUACGCGACAUUUGGUUCACCAGAAGGAGCGACAAGUGAUGACCUGAAGAACCCAGGUUACUAUGAUAUAAAGGCCUCAGACAUAGCGAUCUGGCACGUGCCCAAUAACACACCACUGAGCAGCUGGAAAGAUGCAGCAAUUCUCCGCUAUCGCACCGAAACCAACUUCCUAGAAGAAUAUGGAGGAAACUUGCAUCAGCUGUUCCAUCAAUUCCCUGUCGAAUACAACAAAGGGAUAUGCCAAGAAAAUAAUGGACCUUUCUCUCCAAUUCUUUAUGACCUUGGCAAUGAUGCGAAGGUCAAAAGUUUGUAUGGGCCUAAUUCUCAAGCUGAGUUUGAACCAGGAUUUGUCCAAUUCAGGGUUUUUAACAAUGAAAAGGCAGCAAUGGCGAUGUGUUCUGGAGUGAAAUACAAAGGAUGCAAUGCAGAACAUGUCUGUAUUGGGGGUGGAGGAUACUUCCCUGAGGCAUCGCCAAGGCAGUGUGGAGAUUUCACAGCCUUCGACUGGAAUGGGGUUGGCACACAUGUGGGAUGGAGUGCAUCGAAGGAGGUGACAGAGGCUGCAGUGUUGAUCUUUUACCGUUAAUGCAGGCUUCGUCCUCAUUGCAGUCUCUUGUUAGUCCGCUGACAUCUGACUGCUACGCAUUUUAAAUAUUCUCAAAAUUUGUUUGUUGUGGUGAAGUCUUCUGCUUUUUAGGAAAAUACAUUAUUCCAAAGAAAGUGCUGCUUAUAAUGUUUGGCAUUGCAGAAAUAUUAUUAAUAUUUGAUCAUAACAGUGGUUUCUGGCAAUUGUCAUUUCUUAGUACUGAAGUCAAUCCCAUCAGAGUCUUGAAGGGUUCUGAAUAAACUGGAAUUGUAACUUU